AUUCCUCUCCCAUUCUUGAUGCUCACGUGUUUCUUGUUCCUUUUCUUUUUCCUGAAAUAGAACACAUGCAUAGCUAAACCAGCUGCUUGCAGGAUGACUUUCUGUAGAGUUUUGUAUAUGUUUUGUGGGAUCUUGUAUGUUUUCAUGAGGUAAAAUAAGAAAGGGGGAAAUACGGUAUUUUCCAAGCAGAUAGACAAUGUGCUAUAUCCCUAUUGACAAAUAGACACCACCAUGCAUUGAAACAUCAGGCAUGGCUGCACACUUGUUGUGGGCAUGGAGACCUCCCAUGAUCUGAAAACAAUGUAAACGGUUUGAAUUCAAUAGAUUAGGAAAAGGACUGGCCAUCACUUAUAUGUUCAGAAAAUUAUAGUUGUAGAUAAGAGCACAUGAUUUAGUAGUUUGAACUAAAAAACUAUAUACAACUUUUUUUAAUCUUGUAUAGUUGUAUAUUUGAUAUAAGAUUAUCAUUUCGUCCUCCCCCAUCUCCCACCGCCGAGGUGAAACUACCUCUGUUAGUUCUAGUGUUCUGAUCAUAGUUCUUGACUUCUUGGCUUAAACUUUUGUUGACUACUUGACUUUUAUGCCACCCUAUGGCUAAGGCUGGACAGGAUGUAGAAGCCUCAGGUCCCAAGCCCAGGAGAUGAAGAUUGAAGAGUACCCAACAGGAGCUCAUUCCAGCUACAUCUCCAUCAUCUUCCCUCAUUUCCAGACCUUAUUUCGAUGCUGCACAUCUUCACCUUGUCAAGUAAGCCUCAAGCAUGGGGCCUGGACAGCGCCAAGUUUUAUUUUACCAACACCGCUGCUGCGGCAUUGACAUGGUACACACCAUUUGAGCAUGGACUGAGGCUAGCUACUAGGCAGAGCCUGCAACAACGGAUCUGAAGAUCCUGUCCGCGUACCUGCUGACCAAGCUCGCCUCCUCGCCGUCACCCAUCAUUGAGGACCAGAGAAGAUAAGGAAGAAGUUGAGAAGGCAAGGUGUGAAGGGGCCCAAGCCUACUUUUCUCCACGGCAACACCAGAGAGAUGAAGAGUAUCUGUCAUGAACUCAAGCCUGUGAAGAAGCAAGACAGCAACAACUACAUCUCCACCCUCUUCCCUCACCUCCUUGUCUGGAGGGAAGCUUAUGGCCCUGUGUUCCAGUACUCAACAGGAGGUCGGGAGAUACUUCAUGUUUCUCAGCCAGAUAUGGUAAAGGACAUCGGCCACUGGACACCAUCAGAGCUUGGAAAACCCAGCUAUCUAAAGAAAUCCCGCAAAGCCCUCCUUGGAGGAGGUUUAUUUACGGUGAAUGGCGAUGAAUGGGCCUAUCAGAGGAAGGUCAUGGCGCCAGAGUUCUUCAUGGACAAGAUUAAGGAUAUGAUACAACUGAUUGAGGAUGCAACUGCUCCGUUGUUAGAAGCAUGGGAGAGCAUUCUCGAAGGUGCAGGAGGGAGCACGGAGAUAGUUGUCGAUGAUUACGUGCGGAACUUCUCGGGAGAUGUAAUCUCCAGGGCUUGCUUUGGGAGUAGCUUCGCAAAAGGAGAGGAGAUAUUCUGCAAGCUUAGGCAACUUCAGAAGGCAACUGCUCAACGAGAUGCGUUUGUGGGAUUGUCUGCAGUGUGGAAGCACCUGCCUACGAAGAGCAACAGAGCGAUACGAAAUCUGGUUGAAGAAGUCAGGCUACUGAUCCUGGAACUUGCAAAGGCCAACAGGAAUGAGAAUGGGGCUGAGCAUGCAGCAACUCAUAAUAACGGUCUUCUGCGCGCCAUCAUCGACGGCUCGCACGGACCUCUCAAUGGUGGCACUGCCGAGGAAUUCAUCGUCGGCAACUGCAAGAGCAUAUACUUUGCAGGGCACGAGAGCACGGCGGUCACCGCCAUCUGGUGCCUGAUGCUACUGGCCACUCACCCGGAGUGGCAGGACCGCGUACGUGCCGAGGCUCUGGAGGUUUGCCAUGGGACGAUGACACUGGGCGUCGAUGGCCUCCACCGACUCAAAAUUCUGACGAUGGUGAUCCAAGAAACUCUCCGGCUCUACCCACCAGCGUCGCUGAUGAUGCGGGAGGCACUGACGGACAUCAAGAUCGGCAACCUGGACGUGCCGCGAGGAACAAUCGUCCAGGUCACCAGAUUGAUGCUGCACCUGGACAAGGAAGCCUGGGGUGCCGACGCCAACGAGUUCCGCCCGGACCGGUUCGCCAACGGCGUGGCCGCGGCGUGCAAGCCGGCGCACAUGUACGCGCCAUUCGGGCUCGGGCCCAGGAUCUGCAUUGCGCAGAACCUGGCCAUGGCGGAGAUGAAGGUGUUGCUGGCGCGCCUGCUGUGCCGGUUCGCCUUCUCUCCCUCGCCGAGCUACCGGCACUCGCCGGCAUUCCGGCUGACCAUCGAGCCCGAGUUCGGCAUGCCGCUGGUGGUGACGAGGCUGUGAUCAUCAUUGACCUGUAGGUUCUGAACUGUUAGCUUUGAAACAAUGAUCAGUCACGUUCUGGAUGCUUCUCGGAGGAAAUCGUCCCCGCAUUUUCUUGCAACAAGUGACUACGUUUCCUACCAGGGAUGGCAGAUAAUUUGUGUCCAGUAGCCACUUUCGAGGGGCGGAUACAUUUCACUGUGCCACGCCCACCAAAAUGGUGCAACUUGAUCUGGUGUGUGUUUAUCUCCUUAUGGACGGUAUGAUCUGUUACAAGCUGGUACCCUCGAACC